AUGCCAUUACACUCAAGUCUGGUGCAUCUGUUUCUCGUCCUCCUUACCUUCUCUGCAUACCGCGUCUGCGCUGCCGUUGUGCCAGACGGCGAUGUGGCAGAGAAAUUGGAAGCGGAGGUGUCCGAAUUGCUUGCCCUCCUGGAGGAGGACGAGGCGGAGGAGAAUGGAGGCGAGUUGAUUGUGGAAGAUGUGAAUGAAGGUGGCAGUGGGAGGAGGGAGGUGCUGGUGCCGGCUGGGUGGCGUCGCUUCCGACGUAGGAUCAGCGGUGCUUUCCGACGCAUUGGUGGGGGCAUUCGAAGGGGCCUCAGGAGAGGAUGGAGAGGUCCUGUGAGUCCACACCCAUACCCAGGAGCCAGAUUCCCCUACUAUGCGCGCUAA